CUUUCCCAGCUCUUGGGCCUCCCCCUGCAUUCUGGAGCACAGAGCCGCUGCCUCUCUGCUGCAGCCCGCCACCUCUCCUUCUCUGCCCGCGACCACUGGCACUCUCUCCGGGCUGCUCCUCUGGCUUGGCCAUGACUGCAGAGCCCCCCAAGGCCCUGGCUCAGCUCUGAGCCCUGGGACCCUCGGUCGCCUCCCCUGGGACAUGGCCAACUCGGGCCUCCAGCUCCUGGGCUACUUCCUGGCCCUGGGCGGCUGGGUGGGCAUCAUCGCCAGCACAGCCCUGCCACAGUGGAAGCAGUCCUCCUACGCGGGCGACGCCAUCAUCACUGCCGUGGGCCUCUACGAAGGGCUGUGGAUGUCCUGCGCCUCCCAGAGCACCGGCCAGGUGCAGUGCAAGCUCUAUGACUCGCUGCUCGCCCUGGACGGUCACAUCCAGUCUGCGCGAGCCCUGAUGGUGGUGGCCGUGCUCCUGGGCUUUGUGGCCAUGGUCCUCAGCGUUGUGGGCAUGAAGUGCACACGGGUUGGAGACAGCAACCCCAUCGCCAAAGGCCGUGUUGCUAUCUUUGGGGGUGCCUUGUUCCUCUUGGCAGGCCUCUGCACAUUGACUGCUGUCUCCUGGUAUGCCACCCUGGUGACCCAGGAGUUCUUCAACCCGAGCACACCUGUCAAUGCCAGGUACGAGUUUGGCCCAGCCCUGUUUGUGGGCUGGGCCUCCGCAGGCCUGGCCAUGCUGGGAGGCUCAUUCCUCUGCUGCACAUGCCCGGAGCCGGAGAGGACCAACAGCAGCCCACAGCCCUACCGACCUGGGCCCUCGGCUGCUGCCCGAGAACCACUUGUUAAAUUGCCCGCCUCUGCCAAGGGCCCCCUGGGCGUGUAAUGUCCAGGUCCCCAGCCAGGCUCUGUCCCCCUGCCACACCUAGAUUGUGCGUUUGGUAGUUUUUGAAGAGAAGUGAAUAUCCAUCCCCAGGUGGUGUCAAAUGGUCUGUCCCUGAGGGGAGGGGCAUCGCUGGGGUGGGACCUGGACAUGAGAGGACCAGAGAGGUCAGAGCUGACCCCUGGGGCCCUUGAGCGAAAAAAUGGGGAGACAGAGGUCCAGGGUAGCUUGCAUGCGCAUCUGAGGCUGAGCAGCAGGAGCAGGGCUCCUACCCUGCCUGGUAACCUCCCUGCUGACUUUGGGCUCAGCACCAGGACCUCCAAGCUGAGAGGCCCCACCUAUCCCGGAACCUGAUCCUGCACUGAGAGUGGGUCUCCAAGGUCAGGGGCCCCUGGUGUAGAGACCACAGGUAACAGCCCUGCUCUGCUUCUGCAGUCUGCUGCAGGGAGCUGUCCUUUAAAAAAAGACAGUCCCAGGACCAGCAGUUGGCAUAAUGGCUAUGUCACUGGACUCCC